AUGAACACAGUAAUUCCGGACGUUCUUAAGCAGGGGGCCCAGGAGGACAAGGGGGAGAUCGCCAGACUUCAAUAUUUCGUGGGUGCAAUAGCAGUAGGGGAUUUAGUAAAAAGUACAUUAGGUCCAAGAGGACUAGACAAGAUUUUAACCCCUCUAAAUAUAGAAGGAGCAAGAAGUCAUCAACAUACAGUAACAAAUGAUGGAGCUACAAUUUUAAAAUCAGUUUGGUUAGAUAAUCCUGUUUCUAAAAUAUUAGUAGAUGUAAGUAUGCAACAAGAUAAUAAAUGUGGAGAUGGAACAACUGGAGUUGUUGUUUUAGCAGCAGAGAUGUUAAGGAAUUCUGAAAUAUUAAUUGAAAAUAAAAUACAUCCACAAAUAAUUUGCGAUGGAUUUAGAAUGGCUUUAAAAGUUGCAAGAGAAGCGUUACUAGAAUCAUGUUUUAGUCAUGAUAUUACUAGUGAUUUGUUUAAAGAAGAUAUGCUGAAAAUAGCUAGAACAACUUUAUCAUCUAAAUUGUUAACACAUGAGAAAGAACAUUUUGCAGAAUUAGCUGUUAAUGCAAUAUUAAGAAUAAAAGAUCAUUUAAAUUUAGAUCUAAUACAAAUAAUUAAAAAAACUGGGGGAACUAUAAAAGAUUCUUAUUUAGAAGAGGGAUUUAUUUUAGAAAAAAAGAUUGGCAUUAAUCAACCGAAAUCGUUAACUAAUUGUAAUGUUAUGGUAGCUAAUACACCUAUGGAUGCAGAUAAAAUAAAAAUUUAUGGUACUAAGGUGAAUGUGCAUAGUUUUGAAGAUAUACAAGAUUUAGAAAGCGAAGAGAGAUUAAAAAUGAAAAAUAAAGUAGAAAAUAUUAUCUCAUACGGAUGUAAUGUAUUUAUAAAUAGACAACUCAUAUAUAAUUAUCCGGAACAAAUCUUUCGGGAAAAUAAUGUUAUGACUAUUGAGCAUAGUGAUUUUGAUGGUAUGGAAAGAUUAGCUAACUGUUUAGGUGCAGAAAUUGCAUCCACUUUUGAAAAAGGAUUAAAUAUACAACUAGGUCAUUGUGAUAAAAUUGACGAAGUAAUUAUUGGUGAAGAUAAAUUAAUUCGUUUUUCUGGAUGUAAAAAAAAUGGUGCAUGCACUAUCAUUCUUAGAGGUGCAUCUACACAUAUAUUAGAAGAAAGUGAAAGGUCUUUACAUGAUGCAUUAGCUGUCUUAGCGGAAACGUUAAAAGAUAAUCGUGUAGUUUUAGGUGCUGGUUGUUCAGAAAUGUUAAUGAGUAAUGCCGUCGACAAUUUAGCAAGAACAGUAGAAGGAAAAAGAAGUUUAGCCAUUGAAGCUUAUGCAAAAGCAUUGAGACAAAUACCUAUAUACAUAUUAGACAAUGGAGGAUUCGAUAGCUCCGAAAUUGUUAGUAAAAUUAGAGCACAACAUACUAAGGGGAACAAAUAUGCAGGUAUAGAUAUUAACAAGGGGGAUGUUGGCAAUAUAAUGGAAUUGGGCAUAUACGAAUCUUACAACUCGAAGCUAUCACAACUCACAUCCGCUACGGAAGCCGUCGAAAUGAUUCUGCGAGUGGACGACAUAAUUAAGUGUGCCCCGAGGAAGAGGACUGGUGUCUGA